AUGAUUGAGGGUCACCGGUUGUUUUCCAGCCAACACGAUGAGGACAUCCGAUCAGCCAACGUAUCAAGAAACCGCUGGACCUCGGUUCCGCGCACCAUGAACGAAUGUGGACGUGAAACCGAUCGGACCCAAAUUCCACAUGCAUCCGGUCACCCACAAACAACUGAACAAGGGACACCAGAUUUGAGCCCGUUGACUUCUCAUGAACGUGUUGCUCAUCAUCAACAGCAUAACAUGUGUUCAACACUGAUCCUUCGCAGUCCUGUUGCUAUGAUAAUUUGUUUGAUGCUAGGAAAAGCCGCGCCGCCAGAGAUCCACGGCACCAAAACUAGUUUCCCUUGUGUCCUUCUUCCAGCCGAUCCGGAAACCAAGUUUCAAAUCGUCACGCUUCUGGAAAAUAUUGAGAUCGACGUUUGCGUGGUCAGUCAGCGAGGCAUGGACACGGAGGUCUUCAUGUUUGAGGCCAACCGCAUAAACGUGUUUUGUGAGCUUGAAUGGUUCGGUGUCUACAACGGCCUGUGCGCCGAGCACGAUGUGCUUGAACUGAGGAACACUACCAAAUGCGUGUGA